GCUAGAGCACUGAUCUCUCUCUCUCUGGCUGGCUAGUUCAAGUCUAAAGCUUGAGCCAAACAUUGCUCCUACUUUUCCCUAACAGAAGAAUUUGGAUUGCUUACGUAUUAUUAGAGCACGUAUGCCCACCAGACAAGAAUAGCACGAGCAUCUACUCUCAUUCUAUAUAAAUGGAUGAAGGAAGCCAUUGUGUUUCUACGAUAUACUGGAGUUCCCGUUCUAAGUUCUGCAUUCCAGCUGAAGAAGCCAGUUACUGAUAUAAACAUACAACAAAAUCUGAUUUUGGUGCCUCUCUCAACCAAAAAGCUAAGCUUUCUUCUUCUACUAGAAGUUGAACUAAAAUGACGAAUGUGGUGGAGUUAAAAGUGGGCAUGCACUGUGAAGAGUGUAUGAAGAAAAUCAGAAAGGCCAUCAAGAAGAUUGAAGAUCUUGAGACAUACGAUUUUGAUAUAAAGAACAACAAGUUGACCGUCUCCGGUAACGUUACACCUGAAAAAGUCAUUAAAGUUCUUCAGAAAAUGGGGAAGAGUGCUAGUAUUUGGGAUGAGGAAGAAGUCUUGAUGACUAACUGAAUGAAUGGACCGGACGAUCUAAGCUGUUUGAUUAUACUUAGUAAUAUUUUUACUUCCGUAUCGUACUUGUGGUGGUGUCUAGUUAUUAGUCUUCGGGACUACAGUGGGUGACCUCCCUUACUUGCUAUACCAUGAGAAACUCGAAGGUUUUUGCUUUGUAAUUUUUUCAUGGAUUAAUUCUUUUUUUUUUAGCCGAGUAUCAUAAUUUCCGUAGACUUGGAUUA